CAGUCACAUAGGUGGGUGCAUUUUCCUACCUAGCUUUGCACCCAUUAUUGCAUAUAUAUCCAUACAACAGCCUCCUAUAUUGAAGGGAAACAAACCCUCCAAACCAAAACUGAUUAUGGCACAUAACAUUGCCAUUCUCUUCUUCCUCACUACUUACCUUUUCAUGAUCACCACAGCAGAUAUGGCAGCUAAUGAGAACAAACUCCAUUAUUAUUACGGUAAUAGUAGUAGCAGUAGUAGUAACAGCGAUGGUGCAGAAGAGUUCCGCCGCUUCCACAGGAGGAUAAGGCGGCACAUCCAUCCUGCAACCAUUUCCAACUCAUCGUCACCACCAUUGCCAUCCCCACCGCCAUCGUCAUUACCGCCUUCGUCAUCACCGCUACCUUCUCCAUCGCCUUCACAGUCACCAUUUCCAUCGCCAUCACCAUCGCCACCGUCGAAUGGUUUUAAUACAACAAGCAUCCAUUUUGAGAGGAUUGUGUACAGAGGCCUGCAGACCGUCCCGGCUUGCAAUGCGCUGAGGUAUGGCAGCUGCCUUGGCCAGGCACUCAAUGUCCAGAGGAAAUGUAACUUGAUGAACCGCUCAUGUAUUCGUUGAUUCAUGAAUCGGUUUCAAUGGAAUUAAUUUUUUGUUUCUGAGGAUUAAUUUCACUCUUGAUCUGAUCCUCCCCCCAUUCAUAGUGUGACAUUUUGUUACUCCUUGUGACCUAUCUAAUUUGAAAUUAUAUGACCUGUAAUUGGUUCUUCCACUUUGAUGAAAUGAAAUGGAUGUUUCAAUUUUGAUUGUCCUACAUCAUUUGAUGUCCACCUUUUGGCCGGGUUGAUAAUUUUGUUGAAAAACAGAUAAUAAAUACUCCCUCUAAUUUUGUUAA